AACAAGAUGGCGGUGCCGCGGGACGGCUCCCUGGUCCAGAGGAGUUUCUGACACCUAGACUCAAGACUAGAACUAUGAGCUCACCUCUGGCCUCCCUUAACAAGAUCCGGAAAGUGCCCUUGUAUCCGGAGCCUGUGAGUCCUGGGCACAGAAGAAUCUACGGAGAUGAAGAUGAGGUGGACAUGCUGACUGAAGGAAAUAACUCUGAAGAAAGAAUAUCUCUUCCUUCCUGCUAUGGUGGCAUCGGUGCCCCUGUGGGUAGGCAAGCCCCUGAGUCUUAUGACCCGGAACUGAAGAGGCUGAAGGACCUGGAGCGGCAGCUGGAAGCCCAGCAUGAUGAGAUACUGUCCAAGGACCAGAAGAUCCUGGCCUUGGAGGAGUUGGUGAGGAAACUCCAGCAGAAGCAGGACAAAGCAGCCUUGCAGCGGCAGGAGGAGCUGGAGGUGAUGUGCAUGCAGCUACAGCGGCAGGUUGGCGAGAUGGAGCGGUUCCUCAAUGACUAUGGACUGCAGUGGGUGGGUGAGCCCAUGGACCAGGAAGAAUCGGAGGAAAAGGCUGUCACAGAUAAUCAUGAGCGGGACUGGAUGACAGCCAAGAAGUUCUGGAAGCCAGGGGACUCAAUUGUACCUCCAGAGGUGGAUUUUGACAGGUUGCUGGCCAGCCUGCAAGAUCUCAGUGAACUGGUGGUAGAGAGUGACACCCAAGUGACUCCAAUGCCUGGUGGGGCACGGUUCCGUAACCUUGAGCCCAUCCCGCUGAAGCUGUACCGGAAUGGCAUGAUGAUGUUUGAUGGGCCUUUCCGGCCCUUCCAUGAUCCCUCUACACAGCGGUGCCUCCGGGACAUACUGGAUGGCUUCUUCCCCUCAGAGCUCCAGCGACUAUACCCUGACGGAGUCCCCUUUAAGGUAAGUGACCUGCGCAAUCAGGUCUUCCAGGAAGAUGGGCUGGACCUAUUCCCAGGUGAGGGUCGUGUGGUGGGCCGGCCAAAAACAUGCAAGGUCAUGGACCGGGUGGAGGAGACCUCAGGCUCCAGAAUGACUGCUGAGAAGUUUCUGAACAGGCUUCCCAAGUGUGUAAUCCGACAAGGCGAGGUGAUUGACAUCCGGGGCCCCAUCAGGGACACCUUGCAGAGCUGCUGCCCACAGUCUGCCCGGGUCCAGGAGGUCAUAGUGGAGACACCUGUCUUGGCUUCUGAGAGGCAGAGGAUCCAGGAGUCACCCAGCACGCCAGGGCCUCCACUCUCCAUGCUGCGCAUCAAAUCUGAGAAUGGAGAGCAGACCUUCCUGCUGAUGAUGCGACCCACGGACACUGUUGGUGACGUGCGCACCCUCCUAACACAGGCCAGGGACACGGAUGCUGCCAACUUUGACAUCUUCAGCACCUUCCCACCCAAAGUCUACCAGGACGAUGCACUCACACUGCAGGCUGCAGGCCUGGUACCCAACGCAACACUGCUGUUGCGGGCACAAAGGGCCCAGCCUCCUAACCCCAGCUUUGGUUCUGGUUCCCACUCUGGCUCCCGCUAAG